AUGAUCGCAGUGCGCCCGAGUCGUGGGAGAAGAGAAUGGCGAAAGAAAUAUUAUGAAAAAUUGUUCAAAGGUGCUGAGAAUCAUAGGAAAGAUGAAAAUUUAGCGAAUUUUGGGUUUCAGAGUAUUGCAUCGUCGAUUUGUCCAUGUACAAGACGAGCAAAAUCGGAAUGCGUUGGCGCACAGAGACGGAAGUCAAGGACGGAAAAGGGCAAUUGGUGUGCGGAGCCAGAAAGUGUCAGGAAACUGCGCGUCUUGCCAGUUGGGAGGUAAAUUUCCCCUGAAAAUUUUGAAAAAAUUUGAUAUCUAGAUAAACUUUGCGUACAAAGAGGGAGGCCGCUCGAAGAAUACGCUCGUCAAGGCGAGAUUGUGUCCGGAAUGUUCGGAAAAACUGAACUACGGCUCACAAAAACGACAAGUGAAACAGAAGAAACGGGCGGUGCGACGAUGGGAAGAGGAGCGGAAGCGGCGGAGGGAAUCCGAUGAGGACGAAGAUUUGGACGAGGGGAAAACUGAGGAAAAGCCGGAAAAAGGUAGGUUUUUAUGGGAAAAUUCAAGAAAAAUCGAGAUUUUUGUCGUUUUAAAGAAAUUUGGCUGUGAAUUUAAUCAAACACGUAGUUAGACCCGAUUUUUCACUCAAAAUUUCCAAUUUUCAGGUCAACCAGGAUCGUCUAUCUCUUCAUCGACGCUCUCCGCCUCCACGGACAUUUGGGAAGGACCGGCGCCGGUGGAAACCGAAAAAACAGUGGACGAUGAGAUCGACGAGUUUCUGGAUGAUCUUUUCCUGUGA